AUGACGCUGGAAUCGAGUGCUCACGCGAGCAGAGUUGUCCGCGUUCGAGAGACCCGGAUAACAUCGAUUUUCGCCCACAUCGGAAUCGGCCUGUCCAUUCUAAUGCUGCCGACACCGUUGACGUACAUACCGCGCCCAGUUCUAGCUGGACUCUUUGCCUACAUGGCUGUCACCUCAGUCAGUGACAAUCAACUCUGGGAACGAAUUCAACUGGUCUUCAUCGAACAGUCGGCUUACCCACCCUCGCACUACAUCCGUCGGGUGCCGCAGCGUCGCAUGCACCUCUUCACGGGACUGCAGUUGCUCCAAUUGGCUGUGCUUUGUGGCUGCGGCUUCACCGAGGUACCCUUCAUCAAAAUGGUCUUCCCAAUUCUACUCUUUUUCCAAAUCCUCAUCAGAAAACAGGCGAUGCACACUUUCGAUGGCUCGGCCUUUGAGCAUUCAAGACUACAUUGGACAAAAGGAGCCCCGCCUCACGUUACCAAGAACCUCCCUUUGAAGGAUUUCUCUGCAGAAGUGAGAGCCAAUCUUGACAUCAAGAUGUUCAUCAAGGAGGCCACUCUCCUCCUAGACCUGGAGGCGUCUUCAAUCGACGAGAUCAUUCAGGAGAUGCUAAAUGCAGUUUUUCGUGAGCAAGCAGCCACAACCACAAAUAACUCCAGCACCACCAUCGCCGCAAGUGGACAUCGAUUCUACCUGACACCCACGCACUCGCCCAGGGAGUCGACUGUUGACUGCGACGAGAGCAGCAAUCACACGCGGUCGCACACCCUCAACAGGGCGACCGGAGGCAAUCUCUUCUCCACGACAAACAAAAUGUCGACCCUCAGCAGGGAGGACUUGAUCGAGGAGGCCAAACGAGCCCUUCUUCUGGAGAUUCAGUACAACGAGCAAGCAUACCGGCGUUUGGCCAAGACCAUUAAGUCUGUUUCCUUUCACGAAAACGAAGGCAUCACAACCGACCAAAGUUGGAUUUGCGCCCUAUGCAGUCUGAAGAGCAUUCAAAAACGCUACCUCGCGUUAGCUCGGCUCGCGUACCCAGUGAACCUUGGCAGAUCCAAUGAAGGCACCCAAAUUAUCCUCCUCAAGAAAACGAAGUGUGAAAUUGAGUUGGGGCGGACGUUUGCGACCAUCCUCUCCGACCUCGAAUUUCGACGACAGCUAAUUUACGCCCAGGAUGAGAACGAGGUGAAGGCGCUGCUUUGCUCGAGGGCGCAUGAACUGGCGGAGGAGCACGAACAACUGCGCCGGGGUCCGGACAAGAUCAACGAGCUCAUUGACGAGUGCUUCAAACCGGAGCCCCGAUGUCAGUUCAUGAGUGGACUGAUAGCUGAUUUGCGGCGCCGUCUUCCGCUGUAUCCUUCGGACUUUGUCGAUGGUCUCCGAGGGUAUCAAACUGCUCGCAAAGUAACCACCUCCAUACUCUUCCUCUACUUCGCCUGUCUUCUGCCAUCGAUCGCAUUUGGCGUCCUCAACUACAACAACACCUGCGGAAAAAUCGGUGUCUUUCGGAUUUUACUAUCUCAGACGAUCGGCGGGCUGUUUUUUGGCUUCAUCGGUGGACAGCCUCUAACAAUCCUUCUCACAACCGCACCGAUCGCACUCUACGUAAAACGCAAGUCCACUUCAUUUUGCAUUACGGCUGUGAUAUACACCGUGACGGUGUCGUACAAUUUGGAGUUCUACGCGUUCUUCGGAUGCGUGGGCUUGUUUAACGCCGCGUUUCUCUUCAUUUACGCAGCCUUUGAUGCAAGUCGAAUUAUGCGAUGGUCUACAAGGUCGACAGAGGAAAUCUUUGCAAUGUUCGUCUCAAUUGCCUUCCUCGUUGAGGCCUACCGCGAUACCGCGAAGGAAUUUAGGAAGUACUACUUUGACUGCGUUACCAGUCAGGAGUGUCGCAACUCGUCGGCCGUCGUGGCCGCUAACGCGACCGGACGCACCGACCGCACUCUGCUCAACCUCCAGCCGACGUUGCCGCACCCGAACCACCAGGCGAUCGCUGCAGACGUCAACGCCAACAUAAACGCCUCCCUGGCCGAGGUCGUGACGACUUGUAAGCCCGAAGUUGCCAUCCUCUAUCUCCUGCUGUUGGCCUGUACCUACUGGAUUUGUAUUUCAAUGCUCAAUUUCACCAAAACGCCCUUUUUAACAGAAACAAAAAGGGAACUGAUUCAUGACUUUGCUUUGCCCUGCGCCGUACUUGUUAUGUCUUUCGUCGGCUCGUACCUGUUCAAAAAAGUGGAGCUGGAGCCUUAUAACGUGGACACGGAGUCGUUUGAAUGGAAGAUCGUCGACUUCCGCACCUUGAAUUGGGCGAACGUCCUCGGGGCAAUGGCUCUGUCCUUCCCACUCUCUCUCCUCUUCUUCAUGGAACAAAACAUCGCUAGCGUCAUCGUGAACUCACCGUCAAAUAAACUGAAGAAAGGCACGAGCUACCACUGGGAUCUGUUCGUAGUUGGGGUGAUUAAUACCCUGCUGUCGCUUUUUGGUUUGCCCUGGGUACACGGUGCUCUCCCCCAGUCACCCAUGCACGUCCGCUCGCUCGCCGACAUGGAAGAACGCAUCACAAUGGGCAACUGUGUGCAGCAAAUGUAA